GCAAGCUUGGCGGAUGUCGGUUGGAAGCUCCUGGAAUUCAAAGCCCGAUCAAAAAGAUCAGAUUCUUAAUUUAACUGAGGCGAUUGGUCUUAACUUCACCUUUUGAGAAUGGCAAGUUCAGUGGUUGAGAUUACCAAGCCUCUUCGGAAACUUCGCAGACAUGGCUCAAUCUAUGAACCCAUAAAGCUGUCCAUUCUCCACCAUGAGGAUGAGCCCAUGAGGGAGAAACUAGAGCGCUACUAUGAUGCUGUAAAGAUGACCAUUCUGAAUUACCAGAGUCCCACCACAGGCCUGUUUCCUGUGAAGACCUGCUCCACCUGUAAGGAUGCCAAGGUCCGGGACUCACUCUAUUGUGCUGCUUGUGCCUGGGCCAUGGCUUUGGCUUACAGACGUAUUGAUGACGACAUGGGGCGGACCCACGAGUUGGAGCACUCUGCCAUCAAGUGCAUGAGAGGGAUCCUGUACUGCUACAUGAGACAGGCUGACAAGGUGGAGCAGUUUAAGCAGGACCCCAGCCCCUCCAAGUGUCUGCACUCGAUGUUCAAUGUGGACACAGGCGAUGAGGUGCACUCCUACAAUGACUACAGCCACCUACAGAUUGAUGCAGUGUCUCUCUUCCUACUGUACUUGGUGGAGAUGAUCUGCUCUGGUCUACAGAUCAUUUACAACACUGACGAGGUAUCUUUCAUCCAGAACCUGGUUUUCUGUGUGGAGAGGGCCUACAGGGUGCCCGACUUUGGCAUGUGGGAGAGAGGCAGCAAGUAUAACAAUGGCAGCACCGAGCUGCACUCCAGCUCUGUGGGCAUGGCCAAAGCAGCUUUGGAGGCCAUCAAUGGAUUCAACCUCUUUGGAAACCAGGGUUGCUCCUGGUCAGUGAUCUUUGUGGACAUCGAUGCCCACAACAGGAACAGGCAGACCUUCUGCUCUUUGCUACCACGAGAGUCUAGAUCCCAUAACACAGAUGCAGCCCUGCUGCCCACCAUCAGCUACCCAGCCUUUGCCGUGGAUGACGAUGCUCUAUACUCCCAGACACUUGACAAGGUUGUCCGCAAGCUGAAGGGCAAGUAUGGCUUCAAGCGCUUCCUCCGCGAUGGCUUCCGCACCGCUAAUGAGGAUAGGAAUCGUCGCCACUACAAACCUGCCGAAAUGAAGCUUUUUGAUGGAAUUGAAUGCGAGUUCCCCAUAUUUUUCAUCUACAUGAUGAUUGACGGAGUCUUCAGAGGAAAUAAGGCUCAGGUCAAAGAAUACCAGGACCUGCUGGAGCCAAUCAUCUUUCAGUCUUUUGAGGACCAUGCAGUGAUUCCUAAGUACUACUAUGUGCCGGCUGACUUCGUGGAGGCGGAGCAGAAGAAGAAUGGAAGCCAGAAGCGUUUCCCUAGUAAUUCAGGCCAUGAUGGGAAUCUCUUUCUGUGGGGCCAGGCCCUCUUUAACAUCGCUAAACUACUGGUUGAUGAGCUGAUCAGCCCUAAGGACAUUGACCCCAUCCAUCGCUACGUGCCUCGUCAGGAUCAAAGAAACGUUAGCAUGCGAUUCUCCAAUCAGGGUCCCAUAGAGAAUGAUGUUGUGAUCCACGUGGCCUUGAUUGCAGAGAGCCAGAGACUGCAGGUUUUCUUGAACACCUAUGGUAUUCAGACCCAGACACCCCGCCAGGUGGAGCCCAUUCAGAUAUGGCCACAGAGAGAGCUGGUCAAGGCAUACCAAUUCUUGGCUAUCAAUAAGAAGCUAGGGUUGAGCGGGCGUCCAAAUAGGCCGGUGGGCUGUAUUGGGGCCUGCAAGAUUUAUCGUAUCCUGGGCAAGACGGUGGUGUGCUACCCAAUAAUAUUUGAUCUAAGUGACUUUUACUUGUCCCAAGAUGUGUUGCUGCUGAUUGAUGACAUCAAGAAUGCCCUGCAGUUCAUCAAGCAAUGUUGGAAGAUGAAGGGACGUCCUCUCUUCCUGGUCCUCAUCCACGAAGACAACAUCAAGGGGAGUCGCUUCAACCCGGUCUUGGACAUGCUGGCAUCAUUUAAGAAAGGCAGCAUCGGAGGGGUCAAGGUUCAUGUUGACAGGCUUCAAACCCUGAUAUCUGGAGCUGUGGUGGAGCAGCUGGACUUCCUGCGUGUCAAUGAGGGAAAGAUCCCAGAGUUUAAGAGCUUUGAAGAGCUCGAGCUUCCCAAACACUCCAAGGUGAAGAGACAGACCAGCACACCUAACGCAUCGGACCUGGAGCAGCAGCCUGAGAUCAAUGUGGAGGAGUGGUUGAACAGACCCACUAAUGAGAUCAUGCAGAAGUUCUAUGACUGUGACUGCUUGGCCAGUCAGGCUCAGCUGGCUGGUGUCCUUCUUAGGAGAGAGGGACCAGACUUUCUUGCCAAGGAUGAGAAUAUGAUGAAGGAGUUGGAGAGACUCUACAGAAGAGCUGGGAGCAGGAAGCUUUGGUCUGUUGUCCGUCUUACCGCCAGUCUCUUAACUAAGCUAGUGGACAGCCUUGCACCCAGUAUAACUAGUGUUUUAGUGCAUGGCAAACAGUUGACCCUGGGUUUAUUCGGGCUUGAGGAGGAGGUGAUCUCCAACCCCUUGUCACCAGGGGAGAUCAAAGCCAUCAUUUACAGCAAGUGCUGCCCUCAAGGUGGUGAGCGGGAGGCCGUGCUCCAGCAGGAGCUGGUCAUUCACAUCGGAUGGAUCAUCUCCAACACCCCUGAACUCUUCAGUGGCAUGCUCAAGAUCCGAGUCGGGUGGAUUGUCCAGGCCAUGAAAAAUGAGCUGAAGAUCAGAGCAGGAGACAUGCCGCCCCAGGACAUCUAUCAGCUGUCCCCCAGUGAUGUCAAACAGCUGUUGUUAGAUGUCCUACAACCACAGAACACUAGCAGGUCUUGGCUGAACAGACGUCAAAUUGACGGCUCACUGAACAGGACCCCCCUCGGCUUUUAUGACCGUGUCUGGCAGAUCCUAGAAAGGACUCACAAUGGAAUUGUGGUGGCGGAAAGUCACCUGCCGCAGCAACCUACCCUAUCGGACAUGACCAUGUAUGAGAUGAACUUCUCCCUGCUGGUGGAGGACACUUUGAAGAACAUUGUCCAGCCAGAGUACAGGCAGAUCAUAGUGGAGCUGCUGAUGGUGGUGUCUGUAGUGCUGGAGAGAAACCCUGAGCUGGAGUUCAAUGAGAAGGUGAACCUGGACAGUCUGGUGAAGGAAGCCUUCAAUGACUUUCAGAGGGAUUGCAGUCGUUUCAAAGGCAUUGAGAAACAGGAUGACAUGGAAGCAUUCUUCAACACCCCGCCAAUGGGGCAACGAGGCACUUCCAGCUACUUGAUGAAAGCUGUCAUGAUCCAGUUACUGCAAGGGGAGGUGAAGCCUUCCAAGGAUGAACCAUGCUCUGUUAGCUAGAUAGAAAACACCCCAUCACCCAUAACCUCAGUCAGCGUCUAAGUUUAGCCUCUAGAAUUCUGUUGUAAGGCAAUCGUUCAGCCCUGCAUGGUCAACCGUUUUUCCAUUAGACAUAAACUGAAAUAACUUUGAGAGCAGCAGUAUCCUUUAACCUUCAAGCUACACUUAUCCCUGCAACUUGUAUAGAACAGAAAUAACCUGAUACACAUUGGUGAAAAGGUGUCAGACCGAUGCUUUAGCAACCUCCCAGAUAUGAAUUAUUCUUGUUCUUUGAGCUCAACCCAUCUUAACCACUUUGCUGAUAAUGAAAUAAUGAACCCAUCUUGACCUUGACCCUAAAUAUCAAGAUCACCUGUAACUUUAAAAGCUGUGUCCUGUACUUCUUAUUGCUUGUAGUCCUACCAAUUCCCUGCCACAUAGCAGAUGUGCUAUACAUAGGGAAAAAGUGCACUAGCCAUGUUGGAAGUAGUGGUUUUCAAACCGCAGUGUGGAGACCACCAUCACACAUCAUGUAACACCAGAAAGAGGAAACUCUGAGCAGAAUAUCUUUUUGAGAAUGUUAUUUGAAAAUCACUGCAGUCCUUAUUGUUAACGUUGUGCUACAUCGUAUUUUACCACCGCUGUACUUGUCAGCGUGUAUUUGUUAUACUGUGUUGAGUUUUGCUCAGAAGAGUUCACACGUUUGCAUGGAACAUCUAUGGCAUGAUAGCUGGUCCUGUUUGACAUGGGCAUAGUGUUGGCUUUGUCUGAUUAAGGCCACUAGUUUUUGUCAGAUUUUAAGUAGUUUCUCAGAUGCCUGUUUGCAUAAUCAGUUUGACAUUUUUAGCACUUGAGACCUUGAAAAAAAGAGAAAAAAAGUACUUUUUUGGUAAAAGUUGGCAACAGAAUACUCUGCUGUCAUCCCAUGGUCAAAAUGAUGAAAUAUUCUUGUGGACUUUUUUGAAUGUGUUUAUCUUCAAAUGUGCCUACCUGAAUACAAUCACUUGUCAUAAAUCCA